UGUUUGGCGCGUUCUUUUGCGCAAAUUUCGUGGUUUUUUAUAUAAAGCGGACGCUAGAAGAUUUUGUUGUUAUUAUUGAAUGCUCGUUCCUCUGCGCAGCGUAUGUUAUAGACACUGUCACAUAACCACACUUUUCUCACGUUUUUAAUAGCAUAUAGCGUCUAGAGAAGUGAAUAGCAGGUGCUAUCCAUGACUGGUUGCCGUCAAGGUUUUGUCUUCCAGAUUUUAACAUGCUCAAUGCAGUUGUACUGUGAGACCCCGGAGCUUAUCUGUCCAUUGACGUGGAUUCCUUGUUUGAAGCGCAGGGAGCUUUACAUGACGCCAGCGUAUAGCGACCCGUCAUGCUGGGCCAAGCAACUACACGCGACAUGUGUUCUUUUGUGCGUGAUCAGCGGUGUACUACUUAACAUGCGGAAUAUAUACAAGAUGGGGAAGUCACGCGGUAAACGGCGCAAGAAGCGGAAGGGUCGCAAAGGUCUCGCACAGGAAAAGGCAACCAUGACGGCCGAACAUAGUGCACCAAGUGCGUUGGCUGCGUCAACAGAGGAUGCACAGCCUCUUGACCAGCCUGCUGCUGAAGCACCAGACAAGCGUAUUGAUUUAUCCUCGACAUCUCAGGGAUCACGCGAUGUAGCCGCUCCGGAAACUCCUGUUGUCCCUCCAGCGGCAUCGCGUCCUGACGUCGUUGCUUCUCCUUCUCUUCCUCGCGCUAAGCCCAGCUUUGAGAAAUUACCUGUUGAACUAUUCCCGGGGGAGGCAUCCCCAUUCAGUGUCCUCCUUACGCCCGCUCGUACAGCACAGUCACCGGAGAAGGCUCUCAGUCAACGACCGAGCAUCCUCAAGAGUGACGGCACACGCCGCUCUUCCAUGGCUUUGUCCCAGACGGGAGCUUCUUCUAUGAGAUCGCUGAAGUCAACGGGCGCGGUCACUGUUGAGCAGGAGGUGAACCCCGACACAGCAUGUGGCUUCCUCUGCGUGCGUUCUGCUUUCCUGGAUCGGUUCCGCACCGUCGAAUGGGUCUUAUUCUUCUUGUGCUGCAUUUCGUUUCUGCGGAAUUUCUCUGUGGGCGGCAUCAUGUUCGUCGUACUUCCCUCUCUCGAGCGACGGUAUCAGCUGACUGGGUCCGAGACUGGCACCAUUGUGAGCUCAAACGACAUGGCCAGCUCUCUGCUGGUGCUUCCCGUGUGCUUCCUUGCAAGCAAUCGCAACAAGCCUAAUUUCGUGGGAGGAGGCAUCGCAUUGGUUGGCGUAGGAAAUCUGGUCAUCACCAUGGCUCACUUCCUCGCACCACCCUACAAACCGGGAGGGGUAGCAGGAGCCGACGAGACGUGCCCCAAGCUGCAUCAUGCAGCCGACACGGGUUUACAGGGAGACAGCGUUCGUCACUUCCGUUUCGUACUAAUAUUUGGCCAGAUACUGGCCGGCAUAGGAACGACUCCGGUUCAUACGGUGUCUGUCGCGUAUCUGGUGGAAAACAUGCAUCCGGAGAAAGCUCCAGCUUAUGUAGGCAUGUUCAACAGCAUGGCCGUGUUUGGACCCUCACUUGGGUUCAUCAUCGGUGGUUUGACGCUCAAGUGCUAUGUGGACAUCCUCACGGAUUAUAAAGCGUUGGGCAUCACUUCGAGCAGCGGAUCAUGGGUAGGAGCAUGGUGGCUCGGUUUUCUCGUCUCUGCUGUGCUAGGACUGGUCUUGGGCUUCAUCAUGGUAAUGUUUCCCAAGCACCUUCCUGGUCACGAUGAGCUGUCGCUUGAGCAAGAGAAGAAUGUUAUCGAAUCCAUACACACAUUGUCAGUCUUACCGACGUGCGAUUUUGGAGAUCGCUUGUCCGACCUACCACGUGCUCUGUUCAAGCUUUGCAAGAACGCCACCUUAGACUUAAUCUGCCUCGCACGUUCUUUCAGUCUGAUGUACGUAACAGGCAUCACUACAGUGUUGACAAAGUUUCUUGAGACACAGUUCGCUCUCACAUCAUCCAAAGCCGCCCUACUUAUUGGGCCCCUAGUGCUUGUGGCUGGAGUUGGAGGAGCCAUUGCUGGAGGUGUCCUGGUUUCAAAACUGAAGCUAGGAUGCACGGGCAUUUUACGCCUCUGCAUCGCGAACUCGUUUCUUUCCGUACUCAGCAUAUUGGUCUUCUGGUGGGCGUGCCCGGACACUGAUCUCGCAGUCAACACAAACAAGACUGAUACGCAAACUAGCAGCUCUCAAUACGACUUGCCUUGCAAUAGCCAUUGUGGCUGCACCGAAGAUGUGGUGCAGCUGAUUUGCAGCGCCGAAAACCAGCUCUACUUGUCACCUUGCUACGCGGGCUGCCAGGUGGCUGUGGCCGGCGGCAACAUCACGGGUUAUACUCAGUGCUACUGCGUUAACGCCAAAAUGUCCAUGCACGGUAGUGAUGGUACCGUCGAGGUUCAAGCCGUUCGUGCCCGGUGUAUAAGUAAUUGUGGACUCCUGGUUCCGUAUUUGGCGGCCAUCGUAACCAGCCUUACCUCAGUCUUUCUCAGCCUGGCCCCCUCCACUGCUGUCGCCAUACAAGUGGUGAAGCCGAAGGAGAGAGCUCUGGCACUGGGGUUAUUGGGUCUCAUUACUCGAGUUCUUGGAAGUAUACCCGCACCUAUGAUGUUUGGCAUGAUCGUCGACUCCACCUGUGCGGCUUGGAAUAAACCGGGCGGUCAUCGCGGAAACUGCGUCAGCUAUCGGAACAUCGACUUAGCCCACGGCGUCUUCUUCACCCUUCUUAUGUGCAUCUUCGCUUGCAUAGCUUGUUAUGGAGGCGCCCUGUACAAAGUCUCGAAAAUGGAAGCAGAAACGGAAAAAGGAAAUAUUAUUCCUGAUAAGAAGUAACGUGGCAGGAGAGGGUCACUAAUGGACAUCAUAGAAGCCUAUAAAUUUCAACUUUUUAUCCCAAUAAACACCCAUAUGCAUAUGACGUUACAACGUG